CAACAAAUCUGGGUCAAUAAAUAGAACUGAUAGAACUGAAGAUACAGGGUUGCUUUGCGUGAAGAACAGCAUGACUCUAACUACAACCUGAAGGAUUUACAUUGCUUUAUUAUCUCAUAAAACCUAAUUAGACAACAUUUAGAAGCAGCUUUGAGGAUUUUGUUUGGAAAAUGCAGCUCCAAAACCAACUGCAAAGAGACUGGAAUGGUUAUUUUUACAACCAGCCAUCAGGAGAGGUUGACUCAAAUCAUCAUCUCUUCCAUGAGUUGAAUUGCAGUUCUGUGCAGAUGGACGGGAAUUCAGAUCCAUACUGCAGCAUCCGGAUGGACAACGAAACACCGAAAGCAAAAAGCUGCAGCAGUCGGUCUUUUAUCAUGGAUGCAAGGAUAAGGCUAGACAGUCUGAUGUCUGGGCGCAGUUCACCUGUGUCCUGUUGUGCCACGAGUGGAACAAUGUACAACUAUGACUACUCAACAGACAGUUGGGACAUUGGUUUAAUGGAGGAACAGUUUGCUUUGGAUUUGGUAGAGCUCCUUGAUUUAGAGGACGAUGUGCAAGAUGAAGAGAGCUGGUUAUAUGAGUCUCCAAAGAAGCAUGUAUUUGUGGAGAGAAGUGAAUCUGCUGUGAGCUGGUGCAGACACGUCCUGGAUAAACGCAGUCCUGAGAUGGAGGCAGCGUGUCGCCAACUAAUGAACAGAUUGGAUUCAAGAACCAGCUGUCACUACUACAGACGUCCUGCAGUUUUCCAUCAAAGCCGUAACACUUCAGUGGACUCAUGUAUAGACAAAACUUCAGUCAACACAACCAGCAGUUCCAACAGCUUUGAUUUCCAUGAUCUGAGCAUGUCAUCAGACUCAACCAGCUACAGACUGGACGACCUCACAGAUGUUCACAUCAUGGCCCGAUUACAGGAAGCCAGUUUACGACAGGACUCGCCUGUUCUACCCAGAAGUCCUGACUCACGGCUGGCACUUCCUUCUUACUUUAACACCACUGUUAUAAAUACUGGUGUUGAUGACACCAGCCCAGGAAAUCAAACACGGCCUUCAUCUUCCCCUUGCUGGUGGUCCGGUCGCUCAUCGCUCAACUCUUCUCCUUGUUCAUCUCCAACACUGAAACCAAGGCAGAGCUGCCAAAGUCCAAAACUGGCCAGACUUCACCAGCAAGUCACCCAGUUUAAGCUGCUCAAACUCACCCAGGGUCAAGGACCAGGGAGGACCGGGUCACCUCUGAAGACCAGCCUCCGCUCCCUGCAGGCCGUGAGGAACAGCCGAAGUUUGGACGCUGAUGACUGCAGCUUUACAAACCAGAUCACUCCUCCUCCUCCAGGUGUAUCAUGUGUCAGAACAGGGUCAAGUUCCAGGCCUUGGUCUCAUUCUGCUGCACACAUGAACUCCGGCCGUUUGCUGGACUCUGUGAGAGACAUCUCAGUCCGAUCGGCAGCUGUGAAGAGGCUGCAGAGGUCUCAGUCGGUCAGCCCCUGCAGGAUCCCUAACCCCUCAAAAGGACACUUCUCUGCUCAGGGCCGAGUCUUUGCAUCACCUGAGAGGUCAACCAGACUGGCCUGGGUCAGAAACACAACAUACUCUCAAAGAUGAAAGGUGUCAUUACCAGAUAUGGGUAUUGUAACUAUAGUUUUAGUUACUUUAAUAUACUAAAGGCGGAAGAAAUGUAGGCAAUAUAAAAGAAAGAUGAAGGUCUUUUAUUCAACACACAGUCAAUGCUAUAAAAGAGAAAAAUGCAUUUGAUCUAAAUAAAACUACUAAUUAUAAAGUGCAGUGACAAAAAAUUUAAUUUCAUUCACAAAUACAGUGAGGUGAAAGUGUAUGCUAUCAUUACUAAUACUACUAAUACUAAUAUUGAGGACCUCUGCAUUGUGCUGAGGUACAUUAACCCUUGAAGGCCUGGAACUAUAUUUAUCAGAACUUCUAAAUAAUAUUUUCUCUAUAUUUAACCAUUUAUUAUAAUUUCAUCCUCUGCAUUUUGCAUUUUUCUGUGGAAAUCUG